AUGUUGGCCGCCGUGGAACAUGGUCCCAUCCUCUGCAGCGACUCCAACAUCCUCUGCCUCUCGUGGAAAGGCAGGGUCCCCAAGAGUGAAAAGGACAAGCCGGUGUGCCGGAGGCGGUACUAUGAGGAGGGCUGGCUCGCCACGGGGAACGGAAGAGGAGUUGUCGGGGUGACGUUUACAUCGAGUCACUGCAGGAGGGACAGAAGCACGCCUCAGAGAAUCAAUUUUAAUCUGCGAGGACACAACAGCGAGGUUGUCCUUGUGCGUUGGAAUGAACCCUUUCAGAAGCUGGCCACAUGUGAUAUGGAAGGAGGUAUUUUUGUAUGGAUCCAGUAUGAAGGAAGAUGGUCUGUAGAGUUGGUGAAUGACAGAGGAGCCCAGGUGAGUGACUUCACUUGGUCACAUGAUGGCACUCAAGCCCUCAUAGCGUACCGGGAUGGCUUUGUGUUAGUUGGCUCGGUCAGCGGACAAAGACACUGGUCCUCGGAGAUUAACCUGGAGAGUCAAAUCACCUGUGGCAUCUGGACGCCUGAUGAUCAACAGGUCUUGUUUGGUACAGCAGAUGGUCAGGUGAUAGUGAUGGACUGUCACGGACGAAUGCUCGCCCACGUACUGUUGCACGAGUCUGACGGGAUCGUGAGCAUGUCAUGGAACUGUCCUGACUUUCUGGUUGAGGACAGCACAGAGAGCGACACAGACUCUGAUGACAAUAUUCUGCCUUUAGUGCGCAGAGUAAAGCCUUUGUUGACAGUCACCUUCCUAUCAGGAGAUAUCAGUUUAAUGAACAACUAUGACGACCUGUCUCCUGCCGUAAUCCGUUCAGGGCUGAAAGAUGUUGAGGCCCAGUGGUGCUCCCAGGGGGACCUCCUGGCUGUGGCCGGCAUGGAGAGACACGGGCUUCCCGUCGACUCUGCCUGCUCCUCCAUCAUGAGGAAUGCCCUCGUUAAAUUCUAUAAUGUCCAAGGAGAGCACAUCUACACUUUGGAAACACCGGCACAGAGACCCAUCACCACCAUCUGUUGGGGUCACAGAGACUCUCGCCUGUUCCUUGCAUGUGGACCGGCCCUGUAUGUGGUGCGUGUGGAGCACAGGGUGGCCAGCCUCCAACUUUUAUGCCAGCAGGGGAUUGCCAGCGCCCUGCGAGAGGAGAAAGACGUGGGGAAGCUGAACAUGCCCUCGCUGCUCUGCUCUUAUGUCACCACUGCUUUUAUACCCACCAUCAAGCCCCCAAUCCCUGACCCCAACAACAUCCGUGACUUUGUCAGCUAUCCCACAGCUGGGAAUGAGAGGCUCCACUGCACCAUGAAGAGGGCCGAGGACAGCCCUGAGACAGGCGGACCCUGCUACACUCUAUACCUAGAAUAUUUAGGAGGACUGGUGCCCAUUCUCAAAGGAAGGCGCAUCAGUAAAUUACGGCCCGAGUUUGUCAUUAUGGAUCCAAAAAUGGACAGCAAAACAGAGGAAGUGUGUGUGAAUCCCAUGAUCUCAUACACUGACAGCUGUAACUGCUCUGACUCCAGUGACAUUGAGUUGAGCGAUGAGUGGGUCGGGAAGAAGUCACCAAAGUUAUCCCGAGGAAACAGGUCAUUAAAAGUCUACAUGAUGAACAUGGAAUUGAGAAAAUCUCCCAAACUUUCACGCAUCAAUCAUGAAGGCCAACGGUCGCCGCGGUUACCAACAAAGAAGCCUCCAGUUCGGUCUCCCAGUCUGACGCGUCGAGAGUUUUCUAUGGAUGGGAUCACGGAGCAUAACUACCUUGCUCAAGUGACAUCCAACAUUUGGGGGACAAAAUUCAAAAUUGUUGGACUUGCUUCUUUUCUCCCUGCCAAUCUUGGUGCAGUCAUCUAUAAGACAAGUUUGCUUCAUCUACAACCGAGACAGAUGACAAUCUACCUUCCAGAAGUGCGAAAGAUUUCUCAUGACUUCAUGAGCUUGCCUGUGUUCAACCCCAAUGUGUUCAGUGAGGAUGAAGAUGACUUACCAGUGAUGGGGCCCUCUGGAGUGGCAGGAGACAAUCCUCCCUGUACAGUCAACAUCCCCAUUGCUCCCAUCCACAGUCCGGCUCAGGCAAUGUCUCCAACUCAGAGUAUCGGCCUGGUUCAGUCUCUUCUGGCCAAUCAGAACAUUCAGCUUGAUGUCCUGACCAACCCUACAGCCACUGCAGCAGCUGCAGCUGCAGCGGCAGCAGCUUCUGUCCCUGUUACGGAUCAUGGGCAGGAUGCAGUUCCAUCACCGUAUCCAGUACCAACUAGAUACUCAAACCCCGGUCAAGUGAUCUUCAACGGGCUAGAGAUGGGUCCUCUCCUUCCCGGUACUCUUCCUCCUCCACCUCCACCUCAACAUCUCCCACCGCAGCCUCACCCGCAGCGGCCGCAUUCACAAGGGGAGCACGCACACACUCUUAAGCCAAGUCUGCCGCGGACUUUACCCCCCUUCAGUGACAUGGAUGGAUCCAUAGAGAUUCAGAUGAGGAAGGUGAAUCCUCCUCCUCCAUACCCGGGCACUGUAGUGUCUGUAGCGACAGCUACAGCCGUCGCUACGCCUCAAACUCUUGUCACAAACUGUGACAGCCCAAGUGUCCUGUCGCCAGACCCCUGCCUGAAGAAGGACGAGUUUUUGCUACACCCUGUCACUUUACAGUACCCGACACCUCUGGGGUAUGAAAGGAUCACGACCUUUGACAGCAGUGGAAACGUGGAGGAGGUUUGCAGGCCACGCAGGCGCCUCGUUCGCAACCAAAAUGCGUAUGCCGUCCACGGCAUCGGAGGCUCGGCCACGCUCAAAGUCACCUCCUCUGAGAACAAAAAAAUUCAGCUUCCCUACAGCUCCGCAACAUUGAGUCGUCUCUCUGUCCCUAGAUACUCAAUACCUAGUGGGGACCCUCCUCCUUACCCUGAUCCAGCCAAUCAAGUAACUGCUACACUCCCUCCUCCACAGAGAAUCGAUAGCAGUCUGAUUCAUGCCACUUUACGUCGUGACCGCAGGGACGUGGGACUUAAAGUACCACAGAUGAUGGAAAGCUCACGAACCCUCCCCACCAAGGCUAAAAUGAACAGUGCACUGGCACUCACCUACCAGCAGAGGUUGCCCACAGCGUUGUACACAUGCACACAGUGCAGCAGUAACAGCAGCAGCACCAGUGUCAGUGUUAGUGGUGGAGGGACUAUGAGUAGUGGCAUCGCGGGCGGCACGGUGGUGAGGCAGGACUUCCCACCAGGUAAAGGGGCACAUCACAGUACCAUUAUCGUGCACUCCAAAAGUACCUCGCCCAUGGCCUCUCAGUCAUCCUACAGUCUGCUGAGUGCUAUGGACAACAGCAGGGACAGAACGGUGUAUGUCAACUCCGCCUUUACCGAAGACGAGACUUUGAAUCAGCAGUGUCACCUUGAAAAGUCUGUACGUCAGCUGACUCUCGGCGACGUCAGUUUGACAGUCAAACGCCCUCCGCCUUACCAGUGGGACACGUCCACCACAGAGGAGUUCUGGCUCACUCCAGAACAAACAAUGUUAGGUCCUCCACCGGGUCCUCAUAAACCGCCUCCGCUCAUCAUCAGUCAAGCUCAGCACUUGGACAUGACUCGGCUACCGUUUGUCCUCACGACUAAACCUCCAACCAGUCAGACCACGAGCACUCUCACUUUCCCGUCCGGUUACCAGAUAUCUCUCGCUCCUUUUCCUCCGGGUGUUGGUCACAGUGGUCCUUCUCUUCAGACCUUACAGAACCCUUCGCCAGGUGAAGUGGUUGGUUCAGUCUCUUUUGCUCAGCAGGAACCCAACCUGGUCUUGCCACCAGGCUAUCCUCCAAGUCUUGCUAACCUGGCCUGCUGCCCUCUCCCUCCGAUGUAUCCAGGAGCCAGCUCAUGUGCCGGACUUCAGCUGCACCCCGUCAACCUUCACCCCUGGAACCCUUACCCCUGUCCUCCUCCCAUGCAAGACCCUCCAGCGCCUCCCCUCCCUACCAAAACUCACCAGAUUUUAGAGAAGCCUAUCCUCUCGCCACCUCCUCCUUCUGGGCCACCCCCACCACCUCCUCUCCCCCCGCCUCCUCCACCUACCGAGCUACCACCUUCCAAAAGUUCCACAGAGGAUCUAGCAGAGUCUGCCAACAACUUCCUAGAGCCAUCAUCUCUAAACGACAGCCCAGUGCCACAGGAGUCAGAGCGCUUCAACAAGAAGAGCCGCAAAAGACUGGACAGCAGAGCCGAGGAAGCCAACAUGACCACCGUCUCUGAGGGAAAAUCUAGAAAGGAAGGGCGUGCGCUCUCCGACUUCAACACUCUCAUUUCCAGCCCAAGGCUCGGCAGCAGGGAGAAGAAGAAGCCCAAGGGGCAGAGAGAGCAACUCAAUAAAACCAAGAAGAUGAACAGGACCACAAAUGAGUUCCAGGACAGCUCGGAGAGCGAGCCGGAGCUGUUCAUCAGCGGCGAUGAGCUCAUGAACCAGAACCAGAGCAGUAAGAAGAGCUGGAAGAACAAGCGCAGCAUGCGCAUGGCAAGCGAGCUGGAGGAGAUCAAGUGCCGCAAGGCAAAUGAAAGAGAGGACCGGAGUUUGGGAAGCCAGGGGUUCGUCUAUGUUAUGGCCAAUAAACAACCAUUGUGGAACGAAGCCACCCAGGUCUACCAGCUCGAUUUUGGAGGACGAGUCACACAGGAGUCGGCAAAGAAUUUUCAAAUUGAGCUGGAUGGUAGACAGGUGAUGCAGUUUGGGCGAAUUGAUGGGAACGGCUACAUCUUGGAUUUCCAGUAUCCUUUCUCAGCAGUGCAGGCAUUUGCUGUUGCCUUAGCCAAUGUAACUCAAAGGCUGAAAUGAAAAGGUUUUGUGUUGCUGUAGACUAAUUCAAAAGAAGCCACAAUGGUCUAGCACCCCACAUGUGUGGGGAUAAAGCUGGGAAAGUGUCAAUGUUGUGGUGGUUCUUUUUAAUAUACAAGGCGGCCUUGCACAUGCAGACGAUUUACAAUCAGUCUGUUGAGGGCAAUGUCAGUGUAGGUCAGUGGUGAUGGGGACUACACCAGUUAUUCCAUCAUUUCUAGUGCAUAUGUUGAAUGUACUCAAGCUAAUUUUAUUUAUUAUUCAGAUGCUAUAUAGUGAAGUAAAAAAUAUCAACCUUCCCUGGAUAUCAAAAGGUUAUUAUGGUUCAUGUUGGAAUGGAUUUUAAAAGCAGUGUGGAGGUUUAGUACCGCAUGUGGUGCCAAAGACAUCGUCCCUCUCUCAAAAUGAUGGCUUAUUUAAUGUAUUUCAAAUUAAUGAAUAUUUUAUUUAUGUUUGUGGUGUUUAUAAAAAAUAUACACAGAAAAUACCUUCAAUCAUAGUUACAAUGGCUGUCACAAAUGCAAAUACAUUUUCACCAAGCCAUACCAUAUCUGCACUAUUUUAAGUCAGUUUUAAGUAAUUAAGUAAAUAAAAUAUAAGGUUUUACUAUAAAUAUCAAACUGAUUGUUAUUUUGUUAUUUGUUUUCCCAAUACCUUUAUUUGUAUCGUCAUUCAAAUCCCAUUUUUUCAAGGCAAUGCUUAGAUUUUUAGUCUUUAUUUUGUUCUGAUAAAUGUCCUCUACAUUAUGUUCAAAUUGCUGAACAUGCAAUAGAAGAAUAUAUUGAUUCUGCAACUGCAACAUGAAGAGUUCACCGCAGUUUAUCAUAGUUUGUAUAUUUUCUAUUCAUGAUACUUCUAUGAAGUGGUGCAAUUAACAUAAUAAACCAUAUUAUUUUGGCCACAAUACUGCAAAUCAUAUUUCAGUCAGAUGUCGUUAUGAUCUGACAAUGAAUUCUUAAUUUUUUAUUGAGUCAAUUUACACAUUCCCUUUCAUUUACAAAACCAUAAAGCCAAAAUGCAUUUGGCUUAAAGUAAAUUGGUGGGGAAUACGGUAGAAAAUGGUUUCAUCCCCACUAACGAAAAUGUGCAAAAGAGCUGAGAUCCUCUCAGAGAAUCCCAAACUUGGUUGGCUCUGUGUUGUUUUCAUUGGGUGUUUAUGAUGCUGCUACGUCAGUAGUUUGCCUUGUUGGAAACCAGUGCUGCUUUAGAUAGAUAGAGCUUGUGUGCAAUAACGCUACUUACAUAGAACUGAUGUUGUACUUGCAAAAGAAAAUACAAUGCUGCUUGCACUGUGUACUUAGUGAAUGACUUCACAUUAUUAUAUGCUUAGACAAUUGUGCUUAUAUGUUGCUGAUUUCAGUAAUUUUGUACUUCACCUUUGCUUUAACAUGGUAACAAGAGUUUUUUUGAUGUUCAACUUAGAAAAAAAAGAACGAGAACAAUAAACUUGCAAUGGUAAUAAAUACAAUUUAUUUACAAGUUGUCAGUAGGACUGAGAUUAAUGUAGGUUUGGUGCUAAUGUAUAAAGAAACAAACGUGGAAAGGACGUUGUGUUAUUUGCUAAAACAAGGUUGUUGUGACAUUUGUCAUUUGCGAAAAGUAGGUUAUUUUAAAGUAUAUGAAGAAAGUAUUUUAAGAGAGGCUACAGAGAGUUUUCAUUUAAGAGCUUUUCAUUUAAUUCAGCUGUAGAGACUUCAGCAACAGUGUGUGUCAGUUAUCAGCAAUACUGCCUAAUGAAUAGUUGGUUGCCUGAUUUUUUUUCUCUUAUUUUGUGAAGGAAACAAAUAUGAUGUGACCAUAGGUUUACAUGGACCUAUCGGCAGGCCAAAAUGUAAUAAAAAUACAU